CGUAACUCUCCACCUCCUCCGCGCGGGGGAAAACUCAGACUGUUUGCGGUUCUUUCUUUUUCCAGUCCCGACUGAAUACUCCCCGACUUCCUCCGCGAGAACGCGCCGCAGAUGCAGCGGUAGGGUGCGCGCGCAGGGACGUCCCCACCUCAGGGAUUGAUUGAACCGCCACGAUGCCGAGGAAAAAGAGAAGCUCGCAGAGCCCCGCGCGGCAGUCCGGCCUGCCGAGCGACGGGAAGGCGCAGCAAAGCGAACAUGGAAACGUCAACAACACCACAAACACAACUACUAGCAGCAGCGGUAUCAUGGGUGGCCCGCCGGAGGCUGGAGCCCUGGACAGGGACGCGGUGGUGAGCCGCAUGCAGGAGAUGUUUUCGCACUUGGACCCCGAUGUUGUUUACAUCGUGUUGGCCGAGUGUGAUUUCAAAGUGGAGAAUGCCAUGGACUCUUUGCUGGUGCUUUCUGAAGGGGUUGCACCUCCUCAGGUCUCAGGGUUUGAAAUGGCUGCCUCUCUGCUCUAUCCCAAACCACUAGAAGAUACGUCUACGGCUUUGCCGAGCAACAUGUCGCGGCCUAUGCAUGGCAAGCCUGAGGGUGGGGAGGACUCGGACGUGAUCGGAACGCACCUCACGGCGGAUUUUGACGUGCUUAUUGACAGGGAACUGCAGACCAUUUCAACGCAGCAGACUGCUCGUGGCAGCCCUUUCUCUUCUUCCUGCUCGCUCUCUUCCCUCCCUCCACCAGAGCUGCUUCAGUCGAGCACAGAGCAGGGCCAUGGGCCUGGACAGGUCUCUGUGGACAGCUCAGGCUCAGGGUCCCCUGUAAGUGGGCUCAGCUUUGUAGGGGGAAGAGUCUAUAAAGAAGAACCUGGCCAGCUGGACUUCAGUCAUCUGACUGCAGAGGCUGUGAGUAACAAGCCAUCUUCACUGGACCUCCGGAGCUAUGGGCGUCCCUCAGCUUUCCAAGCUUACAGAAAGAGCCCCAAACCCAACACCUCAGAUGGCAGUCAAUUCAUGGAGUCUAGCUUUGAGGGGGCAGCCCUGCCUGGUGGUGAUAGAGGCACAUCCCUGCCAAAAAAUUCACAAGAGCCUCCUCAGACAGCCUCGUCCAAUUUCUGGAACAUGCAGGCUUCCGAGUUCAUGCCUCAUGUGAACAGGCCGGUCUUCAUCACCCCCGUGGUGCAGAAUCACAUACCUUGGAACAUGCUGCCUACAGUGGACUGGACAGUACGUGGUUUCGGGAUGCAGGCACCGAUAAAACCAGCAGCUACCAUACCAAAAUCCUGGGCAGUAUCAGCAGGUGCCAAACCUCUGCAGCCAUCAAGGCCUACUCGUCUAUUUGGCCAGGUUCUGGUGCUGAUGAGGGGGGCCCCUGGGUCUGGAAAAUCUGCUUUGGCCAGGAGUAUUCUACAACAGAACCGGGGUGGUGUGGUGUUAAGUACGGAUGACUAUUUUGUGCGCGAUGGACGUUAUUGCUAUGAUCAGUCAGUACUCAGUGAAGCCCAUGAAUGGAAUCAAAAAAGAGCCAAGGAGGCUUUCGAAAAGGGUGUCUCUCCCAUCAUCAUCGACAACACCAACAUGCAAAGUUGGGAAAUGAAACCAUAUGUUGCUCUGGCUCUCCAGUAUAAGUACAAGGUCAUGUUUCGUGAACCUGACACCUGGUGGAGAUUCAAGCCUAGGGAGCUGGAAAGGCGCACCAAACAUGGAGUGCAGAAGGAGAAGAUCAGGCGCAUGCUGGAUCAUUUUGACCGUCACGUCUCGAUAGACUCCAUCAUGUGUUCCUUCAAGAAGCCACUAGAGCCAAGUGUUGAUGCAGUGCAGCCCUCUCAGGAGACUAGCCUUUCACAGCCUUCAGCAUCUGACGUGAGGCCAGAUCUGGUAGAGGAGCCUCAUUUAAACCUGGAGUCGGCAAAGGCCCAUUUCCAGCUCUUUGACUCUCUUCCAGAUGUGUCAUCAGUGGGAGGGUGUUAUACCAAAGAGGAAAGCAUGGGUGACAGCAGCAGCAGCAGUAAUCAAACUGAUAGCAGCUCCACUUCCAGUCAGUACCUGCACCUGCAGGCAGAGGGACAUGAAAUAGGCAGAGUGCUUGAGCUUGAUGUGGCCAGUACUGAGCUGCAGGAAGGACAUACAGAAAACUGGAUGGUGGGGAACUGCUCAGCAGCUCCAAAUGAAAGAGGGAUCCCAGAUGACAAGGAGACCCUGCAGUUUGAUGUGAAGGACCAAGCAGAUGAAGAACCUGUUGCAUUUUUUGAGUCAAUUAGCCAGAGAGUGAGGCGUGACAGAGGUUGCACCAAGCAGGUUGAUGCAGAUGAAAAUGCCCUGGUGGAUGAUGAUGAUGAUCUCCCCCUUGGGCAUGUUGUCGUAGAGGAUGGCGAUGUUAAAGACAGUGACUUUCAGACAACUGGAGGUGACUCUGUGAAGCCAGAGCUGCUGGAUUUUGUGGGUGACUGGCCCACAGAGGCUCUGGAGCAGCGGGAGCAGAGGACAAGAGGUGAGAAAAACAGUCAGGCUCUGAAGAAAGGUUCAGAAGAACAGGUUGUGAGUGAUGAUGGCCAAAUACAAAAUAAUUGCAAUCCACUUGUAACUGAGUUUCAGAAACUUUUAGAUCUAUUGCAAGUGGAUACUGAAACAUCCCAAAAACAAAUGACCACCUUUGUGGACUCCCUGCCUGGAUUUUUUGAUUUGCGCUUUAACUCAGAAGACUUGAUUGUAGAAGCCGCAGAUGUUGUGAGGGAGGUCAGUUCUGUCUCCGGCAAGGAAGGAGAAAGUCAAAGAACAGGAAAGGACUCCAGGCCUGAGCUGCUGGACUGUGUGGAAGACUGGACAGAGGUAGAUGCCACACUUGCGGAGGACUUGUCCCAGAAAACAUCUGAAGAACGGGUGAUGAAGACAUCCGGCAUCAUCAAGAAGGUUGAUGUGUUGUCAUUGACCAAGAAUAACAGCAUCAGUAUGCCUGAUAGAAGUGAGGAACUCCAACAUGGAGACUUGGAAGUGUGUCAGAGUUCCUGUGUGACCACUGACCCAAAAUCUGGAUCUCUUGCAGCUGGAAGUGCUCUGAUGGAUGGCACGCCAGUGGUGGCUGGAACCGCGGGUAGUCAUGAGCGCAGGCUGAGACACAGCCGGAGAUCAGGAAAACAGUGCAAACUGGCACUCACCUUCACCAACAACAGCCCCACGUCACCUAAAUUACAGCUAGAGUCCCCUCAGUUAUUCCCCCACUUAGGUCCUGUGUCUCCAGACCCAGUUAUACGCAGCUCUGUGACUGGUAUGGAUUCUGCCACACAGACUAACCCUCAAGACUUCGCUCUCCUCUGGAGGAUUGAUCGGCAGCAUCAAAUAAGCACUGUUGAUCUUGAAGUGAAAGAAAUGGAAGGGAACUCCUCUCGCUUCAUUCCUAAAUCAGUUGAACUUGUUGAAGGCUCAGGUCACCAGGAGGUGCCGUAUAGAGUGAUGCAUGACAAAGGCACUCUAGUUGAGGAGCAGGAACUAAGUGGUGGCAACAAUAAGCUUGAAAACUUGCAGAUCCUCAGCCGCCACUUCAAGCUAGUCGCCUUUGACAUGCUGGAGGACUUGUAUGACAAGUGCCACCAAGAUAUGGAGUGGACUACCAAUCUUCUGCUUGACUCAGGAGAGUGGUUCUUCAAAGAUGAUGAGGAGGAUGAUGCAGUGGACAAGGAUCACUUCACUCAGUGCAGUUGGGUUGACUCCCACGUGUCUGUAAAGAUACCUAGUUCUUGUUUGGAAGUAGAAACAGUUGUCUCCGCUACUGAAAAUUCAACUGCUUUUGCCUCCUUUGAAGCCCAGUGUCCCAGAACAGAGAGUUAUGGGGGGUUGGAGUUGUGCUCUGGUUCUGAGGUGACCCUUUCUACAAGUGGAGAGCUGUCAAAUGUGGAGAGCAGUGCAGUGAGCUCGAGACCUGUUGACCCUGUUGGAGCAGCUGAACCUGUCAUAGCUGUUGAACUUGGGAACAGUAUCCCUGUUCCUGAAGAACCAGUGGCAGAUUGCCCCUCAGCUGAGAUUAGAAAAUCUCCUGAGCUGAUGGGCUUUCAAGAAAAAGCCACUGAAGAACAAGAAAGGAGAUCAGAGAACCAGAUUGAGAAGCAUGAAGGUUGUAGUACUGAAGAACCUGAAACACUUGCACCAAUGGAAGAAGAGGAAGUAGCAGGACCUUGCCUUCUAGAAACUGAGUAUGAGGAGAUUGGUAACCUCUUGUUUGAAGGUGAAGUCAGUGAGUCUUUGCUGGAACAGAUAAUGGAGCUGGAGAAAAAGCAAGCAGGAGACAAGCAGAGGGAGAGGGACAGAGCCAGCCAGGCCAAGCAGCAGUGCCAACCUGUGAAUAUCCAGACCCUAGAGCUGAAGUUGCCCACAGAGCUUGCUUUGCAACUCACUGAGCUCUUUGGCCCUGUGGGCAUUGAUCCUGGUAGUUUGUCUCCUGAAGACUGUGCAGUGCAAAUCGACCUGAGCCUUGCACGUCUUCUGCACCAGAAAUGGAAGGACACUAUUCAUAAACGGAAGAGACAGGAAGUGCUCUCGUACUGUCUGCUACAGGAGAGCUCAGUCCACUGGGGAGACUCUCAGUCGGCCAAGCCGGGGAACCAUGGGAAGAUUUCACAGCUCUUGCUUUGUCCAGAUGGGUUGGUGUCCCUUGGCCACUCGGAUGACUUGCCCUACAUGGAUCACUGGAAUGCUUUUCAGCCUUAUGUGUCUCUGAGGGACAUUAUGUUGGAGGAGGAGGCUCUCCAGCAGAACAUGGAGAAGCUAAAUCGCAUGGAAGCUCAGCAGAAGGACAGCGCCACACUGCUGAAGGAGCACCAGCUGUACAGCUUGUUUCCAACCAUUGACCGCCACUUUCUGAAGGACAUUUUCAGGGACCAAAACUACUCCUUGGAGCGGACAGAGCAGUUCCUAAGAACACUCUUGAAUGAGGAGCCAGUGAAAACAGUGGUGGCACCAGAGGCCUCCCAGCACAGGGACACGGAGAGCAAAGACCUUCCUCAGACAAGCAAGACCAAGGAGCCAGAAGUGGUCCAGUUCCAGGACACAGACGACCCAGAGUAUGAAGAUUUCCGUGCAGAGGCGGUGCUGCAGAGAAAGAAGCAGCAGGAAUGCAUUGGCAAGGCAGCCGAUGCAUACACCCGGGGCAUGAAGGAUGUAGCCAGUUUCUAUGCCCAGCAGGGUCACCUCCAUGGGCUGAAGAUGAAGGAAGCGAAUCACCGAGCUGCCAUGCAGAUCUUCAAGAGGGUUAAUGCCUCACUCUUGCCCCAGAACAUUCUGGACCUGCACGGUCUGCAUGUGGAUGAGGCACUUUACCACUUAGCACAGGUGCUGGAGGACAAAACUAAAGAGUGUCAGAACAGUGGGUGCAGACCUCAACUGUCAGUCAUCACAGGAAGAGGGAACCACAGCCUGGGAGGCGUGGCCCGCAUCCGGCCGGCCGUCAUCGAUUACCUCAAGAGCCACAGCUACAGGUUCACCGAGCCAAAGACUGGACUGCUGCUGGUCACCUUACACUGAAACAGGCUGAAUGUUGACUCAUGAAAACACACAGAAAAUGUCUGUCUCUGUCUUUCUCUCCCUUCUCUCUCUUUCUCUCUCUCACUUCUCUCUCUCACACACUUUACUUCAUUCCGAUUUUUAGAGUGCCCAUACUUACUUUUUGCUGCCUACCCUUUUCUCCUACCUAUAUUUGUGUAUAUAUGAAAAAAGACUAUGUUUUGUACUAGAGAAUCAAAAUGCUAAAUAAGCAAUGUGGAAUGCUAACACUAAUGAUUUUAUAGUUUAUUGUAUAAGGAGUAUAUUUUGUUUACAUAAAUAUCAAUCCGUACUUCGGUACAGUUAUGUGGCAGCUAUAACCAACAUAUAACCAUAUACAUUGCCAUAACCAGCAGAAGCAUCAACAGUUUGUCAUGUAUUUUUUAUGCAAUCCAACUGCAUAUUUUUUUAAUUCUAGCGCAAGUUUUGAGUCUUGCGUCCUCAUUCAUUUACAGUUUUAAGUCAUUUGUUUCUGUAAAGUUUUAAUUUUUUUCUAAAGUUAAUGGUUUACUCACUACAGAGUUCAAGCUUUUAAUCUAGCCAAGUUAAUUUUUAUUGGAGUUUAUGAUUGGUCAGCUGUUACAAGAAAUCCAAAGUUCCGUUUCCAGCUAUACUUUAAUUAAA